AUGGAGGUCGCGUACGAGCGCCACCGAUCGCUGAGCAUCAGCGAUGCUCCCAUCACGUCAGAAGCCAUGCACGCCUCGCCUUUACUACCGCCGGGCACCGGGCCCUACAAUCCCGCGGCUUCUGCCGGAUCCUUCGGCGAGGCUCGCACGCGGUCGCGAUCCGCCUCUUUCUCCACUUACUGCCCUCCGCCUAUCGUCGUCCCUAGCAACAACUUAUCAGAUCCCGCCUUCCCCGGUUCCACCUCCCCGUCCCCUUCCGGCUACCAGGAUCCCGCCUUCCCCGCUACUUCCUGCUCCCCUUCCCCGCAAGACUUUGGCCUUAGCAGCUGCGAGAACUCCCCCGCGUUUCCCGCCCACUCCCCAACUGAGUUUUUCCAGGCUCGCACCGUGGUUCGGAGCCCGAACCAGGAGCUGGUUCGGCAACGGGCAGCGGAAUCCGCGGAUAUGGACAGCCAAUGGGAAUUGCCGCCCAGCCCCGGCGUGCGCACGCCCUGCACGUGUCGGCGCAAUCCUUGCGCGUGUGCGGUUCUCGCGAAGCGGGCAGCGCGGACGGGGCCUCCGCUUUCGUCAUCAAAUUGGGGCCGUCGAUUGCGGCGCUCCUUAAGCGGAGGCACAAACGCCGCCGGCGCCUCCGACGGGGAAGGCGGCGCGGAACCGAGGCGCUCGCGAUCCCUCCUACUGCGCCGCAGCAAGACGAGCGCCAAUUCCAACGCCACGUCGGAUACGGAAGACAUGGGAUACAGCUCCGGCACGGGCGGCGCCGCGAACGGCGAGUCGGGGCGGUCGACGUCGGGCCGGCGCGCGCAGUUCGCGCGGCUGUUCACGCGAACCGGCACGGCGCCACCACGUCCGUCCAAUGCCAACGGCUUCCACUCGGGAUCUCUCGAAGGAAUUUUUAUCCCAAAUAACGCGGCUCCCUGCGCCGCCGCCAAUCAUGUUAGCCCGCCUGCGGCGAGCCGCGGGUUUGUAGCGCGGUGCGUGUCGGUUGACGCGGCAGCGGCUGGGAUGUCCGGCGGCAUUGGCGGGGUUAGCAACGCCGAGCGGUCUAGUCGCCCGUCGUCUGCGACGUCGCAGAAGUACAGCCGAUCGCCGUCGCCGACGUCGUCAGGAUCGCGUGGAGCAGCGGCGAAGGGCGAAGGGGGAUCAGGCUGGCGAAUAACGGGUUCGCGAGUAACAGCAUCGGGAAUUACGUCGCCGCCUCCUGCUGACCUUUCGCCGGAGAGUCUCCCGAUGGGACCGAGCCAUCCGAGCCGCGGCGGCGCGCCCGUGCCACGUGUCAUCUCCAUCGACAACGCCGUGGCGUGGCUAAACAGCACGCGGAAGGGAAGCAGCCACAGCCAAGGGAGGAGAAGCGUCGAUGGUGCCGUAACUGAUGGCGCCAGUCCCGCUAGUAGGGUACCCGCGAGACGCGCGUCGUUCGGGGGUGGGUCUUCGCGCGCGACAAGCACUUCUAUCGGAUCCGCCACUAGCGCGAACGAGGACGACUUGAGCCGCGCGUGGGACGAUUUCACCGCAUCUGCAGCGGCUGCGGCAACUGUUGCCGGCUGUAGCGCCGCCGCCGGCGACAGCGGCGUCUCCUACGCGCGCCUCUUGGAGCAGCAGGCGGCUGUAGCGCGGAAGCGACAGCCGGCGGCGGCGGCGCUACAGCCGCAGUCGCAGCAGAAGGCGAACGGAGGAGCAAAGCAAAACUCGUUCCGACCCUCCGCAAGCUGCGGGUCGCUAGUGGAUCUCGCACCGGAUGAUUCCAGCCCGGUUGAGUACGGCGGGGGUGGUUAUGGAGGGAGCGGCUUCGGGGGUGGUUACGGAAGUGAUUUCUCUAAACCCUCGAAAUCGAAGGGUAAUUUGAACCUCGGCUCCACGCAUCCUCCAACCAGGAGGAGUUUAUCCCGCCCAACCGCUCCCCCUCCGCGGCCUUUUUCCCCCAACGCCGCUCCGCGCGCCACUCAUUCGCGCUCGCCUUCCGCGUCCAGCGCAGUAGGCAUUUCCCCGCCGGGGCAGAGUCGGGGCGGAGAAUCGACGGAGCCGAUUCGAUUCCGCGUGAACACCAACGGCAGGAUCUACCGUUCACACACCACCCCCGCAAAUCUUGCUCCCUCCGCUUCCGCUUCCGCCUCCUCCCCUUCUUCCGCCUCCGCCGUCGCCGGCGCCGGCGCCGCCUCCGCUUCCUCUCGUACGCGUCAUUGCGUGAUCCCAAACUCGCUAUCGUUACAGGAUCCCUGCGAGCCAACGGAUCUCUUGAACAGCCCCACCAUUGGCCGAUCAAUUCCCGACGCGGGCAAUGACACGUCAGCGCCGCCGGCGGCGACGUCAUCGUCGUCCGGCGUCAGCCCGCCGAACCGCGGCGAACGGCGGCCGACGCGCCAGGUGUCGUUUAACGAGCUCGUGCGCGUGCGGCGCAUUCCGCGGCACUUCUUCUCCGCGGAUAUGGCGGCGGCGGCGAUGGAGAUCGCGAGCGGGAAUGAUCCGACGGCUGGGAACGCGACGGCUGGCAGCGCGAGUCAAGCAACUGCCGGAUGGCAGUCGAUCAACGGGGUCCAUACAGCUUCCCCUAAAUCCCCCGCUUUCUCGGCUUCCGCCGCUUCCGCUGGUACUGCGCAAGGGCCGAUGGGGGCCGAGUCGCCCGGCGGAAGGGCGGGGGGAAGGAAGGGCGAUUCCGCGGCUGCGCCCGCGCGUUCUUCCGCCCAUGCCGCUGCUGUUGCCGCCCCAGCGCAGCCCAGAUCCGCCGCGCCUACGUCUUCUCCCGCCCCUGCGCCUGCGCCUGCGCUCGUGCCCACGCCUCCCCCUGGGUCUUCCGCCUCCGCGGGGUCGGGAGGCGCGCGGAGGGUGAGCAGGAGCGGAAGCUGGUCGUCGACCGGCGGCUCGGCUGCUGCGCGGAACGCACUGCCGGGCGGCGCGAGCUACGGGAGUGGCCGCGACGGUAGCAGCGGCGGAUAUCGCGCUAUUCACAGUAACGGGAUCAACAAUAACGGGGUUUCUCCGACCGCCGCUGUCACUCCUACUUAUCGGGUGGGCGGAAUUGGCGGUAGGGUGGAACGGACCGACGGCGGAAGCGGAACUGGCGGUACUGUCCCCAUCCACUCCCCGCUCCCCCCGCUUGCACGCGGUUCAAUCUCCACCCACUCCCCGCUCCCCAGGCCACCACUCCUCGCCACCGCUCUCUCCACGUUCCUCCGCUCCUCUCUCCCCUCGCUCUUCUGCUCCACUUUCCUCUCGUUCUUCUGCCCCUCUCUCGCCUCGCUCGUCUGCCCCUGCUCCUCUAUCCCCUCGCUCUUCUGCCCCUCUUUCCCCUCGCUCAUUCUCUGCUGCCCCUCUUUCUCCGCGCUCUUCUGGCCCUGCCCCUCUUUCCCCUCGCUCUUCUGCUCCUCUCUCCCCUCGCUCAUUUGCCACCCCUCUCUCCCCCCGCGCCUCUGCCCCCCUCUCCCCUCACUCAUCUGCGCCUUUCUCCCCCCGUUUUCCUAA